AUGAACACACCCGUUGGGGAGUGUCAGGACAAGGUUGGUUUCAGAUCCUGGGGAGGUGCAGCCUUGACAGAGGACGAGGCCGCCGGGCUCCGUGGGCGGACCGAUCGGGACUCAGAAACCCGCCCGGCUCGUGUCCAGUCCAAGGAGGAGGGGAGGCAGCUUCGACCCGCCCACACAUCCCGCCCGAUCGCUCGUCCUGCACCCACGGAAGCCGCCCACACCCACCCCGUCGCCAUGGACAUCGCCCCGCCCGCGUCUUCCAAUCAGGUCUAUAAGGACUUGUUCGCCGGCACGGUCGGAGGAAUCACGCAAGUCUUGGCCGGUCAGCCGUUCGAUAUCAUCAAGGUCCGGCUACAGAGCAGCAAUCAAUACAAGUCGAUGACUGAUGCGGCCAUCCAGAUCAAUCGCAACGAAGGACCCCUAGGUUUUUACAAAGGUACGUCGCUUCCAUUGAUCGGAAUCGGCGCUUGCGUCUCGAUCCAAUUCGGCUGUCUGGAGGCCUCCAAGCGGGCGUUCAAGGAGCGAAACUUGGCCAAUGGGGGUGGCCCCCAACUCAGUCUAGGACAGCUGUAUCUUUCAGGGGCAGCAGCGGGAGUAGGCAACUCGAUAAUCUCCGGCCCGGUCGAGCACGUCAGGAUCCGCCUUCAAACCUCCUCCUCGGCCAGCCAGUUGAACCACUUCGUCGGCCCCGCGGACGCGCUCAAGAAAAUCAUCGGCUCCGACGGCAUCUUUCGUGGUCUCUACUACGGACAGGUGAUUACCGUUGCCCGUGAAUUCCAUGGCUAUGGGAUGUAUUUCUUAGGAUAUGAAUGGCUGGUAGAGCGACAUAUGAAGCUCAAGAACUGUUCUAGAUCUGAGAUUGGGACGGGCUGGGCAAUGCUAUACGGGGCUGGAGCGGGAUACUCGAUGUGGCUGAGCAGUUAUCCAUUAGACCAAAUCAAGACGCGCAUCCAGACCGACGGCCUGCCCUCCCAACCGGGCUCGAGGAAGUACUUUGGGAUGAUGGACUGCAUCCGGAAGAUAUACAUGAACGAAGGCUACCGGGGCUUCCUGCGCGGCCUGACGCCGACCCUGAUCAGAUCGCCUCUCGUCAAUGGGGCCACCUUUGCCGCCUUCGAAACUACGAUGCGGUUCCUCAAUUCUUGA